AUGCAAUCGUACCAGAUGUAUAUCUGGCAAGCAGCGUGGCUGAAUGCAAAUCUUGACAAGCUCGAACUGGGAAUGACGCUUGAGCCGGAGCUCCUCAGCCCGAAAUACACAGCCCAAUGGAAACUUAUCCAAGACUCGUGGAAGAUGGGUGACCAUGGCUAUCGUGGCAAUGGCAUCCUACACCCAGACAUUGGCUGUGGCGAAUACCUCGACAAGCACAGCAUUGAAAAGGCCAAGAUCCGCGCGCUGGCUAUGGGCCGUACCCCAAAGCGCCUUGGGAUUAAGACCCUGGUCCUAACCGGGUUUGUGGUAGACGCCGAUCCAUUCUUGCACUGGUUUGACCCCCACAAACUGCGCAGCAUCCAUUUCAAGGGCCACUGUAUCGAUGCAGGGUUCUGGCUGGCUCACAGUAUGCGUCAAGUGACGGUUCGCCACCCCAAAGCUAUUGAUCUGGAGGCCGUACCGACUGGGAUUCUUUCGCUCAAUCUGUGGAAAGAUCUGAAGGUGGUUGGACUGAAGGGCGGGAAGAAAGUGGAAGAGGUUACACUGGGUGAAGUGGAAAAGUGUCGUUCAUGA